AAAUCGGCUGGUGGCCGUAGCGCCGAGGUCUCAACCACCGAGUCAUCAGCUAACUUGUUCUUCAUCUAAUGGAAGCGGCAGCACGGAGACAUGCUCUUUCUCCUAUCUUCUUCAUCCACCUCUCCCCUUCUAUCUCUUUGUAGAAAAAUCCCCCUCAAAACUCUAACAAAAACUCUGUCCCACCUCCACUCUACCAUGUCCAUCAAUCUCAAGACCCAUGCCUUUGCUGGCAAUCCUCUAAGAUCCACUACCCCCAAACCUGAAUCCCUAUUUUCCCCCAUUUCAGCCUUUGAAACCCUCAAAUCUAGACUUUUAGAGAAUGCCCUUUUGCCCUCUUCCCCAAUUUUCAAAGUUCUGCCCUUCAGAAAGGGGAGGCCUUUAGCCACCUCUACGAGUCCCACAGGCGAUUCCCCGCCUAUUUGGCAUCUGGGUUGGUUUAAUUUGGGUGAUUUUAAGGGUUUCUUGGCCAAUUCCGAGUUUCAACUGACCGAAAACUCGUUUGUCUAUUUGGGUUCGCGGUCGGAGGACGAUGUAGUAUACUGGGGAAUUGACGUUUCUGAGGAUAGUAGCUUGGUUCCUCAAUUUGGUGCAAAGCACUUUGGCUUCGUCGAGCUGCGGACGCUGAUGGUCGCCACUGAUUGGACUGAUGAGCAAGCCAUGAGUGAUUUGGCUAUUGCUGGCCAUGCUAGGGCAUUGCUAGAGUGGCAUAACAUAUCAUGCUUUUGUGGACACUGUGGAGAGAAAACAGUUCCCAUGGAAGCUGGAAGACGGAAGCAGUGUUCAAAUGCAUUAUGCAAAAAGAGGAUUUACCCUCGAGUUGAUCCAGUUGUCAUUAUGUUAGUUAUUGAUAGAGAAAAUGAUCGUGCACUCCUUAGCAGACAGUCUAGAUUUGUACCCAGAAUGUGGAGUUGCCUUGCUGGUUUCAUAGAGCCAGGAGAAAGCUUGGAAGAAGCAGUGAGGAGAGAAACAUGGGAGGAGACUGGUGUUGAAGUGGGAGAAGUUAUCUACCAUAGUUCUCAGCCAUGGCCUGUUGGGCCAAAUAGCAUGCCGUGCCAAUUGAUGAUGGGGUUCUUUGCCUAUGCAAAAUCAGUUGAAAUAAAUGUAGACAAGGAAGAGUUGGAAGAUGCUCAGUGGCACAGUAGAGAAGAUGUGAAGAAGGCAUUAACAUUUGCUGAAUACAAAAAAGCACAAAGAACUGCUGCAGCAAAGGUGGAACAGAUGUGCAAGGGAGUUGAGAAGGGACAGAACUUAUCUGCAGAUUUCAAUGUGGAAAGUGGAGAACUCGCUACCAUGUUUAUACCUGGCCCCUUUGCAAUUGCCCAUCAUCUCAUCUCUUCUUGGGUCAAUCAAGUUCCAUUGAACGGUGUUGAAGCUCAAUUGAAACAACCUUCUGGUUCUCUAUCAAAUUUGUAGCACUGGCUCAUUUCAUCCUUGGCUUGCUUUAAUCCAAUAUCCCUGUCCCAGUCGCGUUUUCCUCUUGGUAUUAGAACAGCUGAGUUCUCUUAUCUUCUCAUCAUUAUAAAAUCUUUAUGUAAUUAUUUCACCCUUUUUGAAGUACAUUACAUGGGCAGUGCAUGCCCUGUAUGUUAUUCUGAUACUGCUCCAAUCUGAUAGCAGUCUCAUACACAUUUACUAUGCAGAAACUGGCCUUUGUACCUACACAUUUCUUAUUGUUUUUCCUGCUAUACUUACCUCCUUUAGUAUUUGUUUCAA